AACUCCUCGGAACCCCCCCCAGCGGUGCCACCUUUUCGCCCGUCGAUCCUCUCUCCGACGCGCAGCAUUUGGUUCUUUCCACGGAUUGAGCGUGUUUCACCUGAAGCUGUCAACUUUUCUCCGUAAUCCGGCGAAGUCAGCGGCCCCUCGCCGCAAAUUGGAUGUGUAGGAGCGCCUGCAGAAAGCAUCCUGGUGCGGGCCAGCGUCCUAUUUGUCGCAUUCCUGGCUCGAAAAUCUGCGCGCGAUCACAUCCAUUGAGCGGCUUCGGGCUGGUCACUUCGUCGUCGGACACUGGCGUAUGUUUCAGUGGGGGGGAAAGCCUGAGACACCGAACAAGUCCCGCACACGAGACUGUCCUCCACUUUAUCCUUCUGUCGAUACAGUUGACUAACCUGGGGCUGGUGCCUCCUGUUCAGAAUCGACCCAUCUGGCCGCCGUUCGAGUCCAAAUUAAUUUGCGUCCUGCCCGCUUACCCCUCCUCUGGCGACGCCCUGAGCCCUGUCCGCGAAAAAAACCGCCGAAACAGACCGACCGCAUACACAUUCGCAUUCUGCGAUCGCAAACGACUGUUAGGCGACUCGAAAUCUGUCGCGAACCGGUGUGAAAGACGUGGCGAUACACUUGAGCAGCUUGAAAAGUCUCAUCGAUCUGAAUCGCCUUGAGAUUGUAACAGUGACCUCGGACUCCCUCGAAGUACACGUCUCGCUGCAGCUAUCCGAGGAGGUUCUGGCUAGUGUCUUGGUCUCUGUUGGGUCAGUUCUGAAUCUACACAGCAAGACCGCUGCGGACGUUCCGAUUCGUGAAGAAACACCCGUUUUCUCAACGCAUACUCGAGUCUGGGGUUUUGGAGCAGAAGCUCACCUGAGCGCUAAGUUGCUGGCGAAAUCUUAGUAGUGCCCUUCAGGCUGGUAUUUGUCGGC